GUAACAAGGAAAAGAUAAAGAAACAACCCCAGAGUCCGACUAACCGUAGAGGCGUCGAAUAUCUCAUUGUCAAAAGAUGUCAGACGUUGAGAGUUUGAGUAGUGGAAUAGGUGUAAUUUGGUAUAGAAGACGUACGUGAACAACGAUCCAUCAUGCCAUUGACUAUAAAAUUCAAUACUAUUGACAGCCUGGACUAUUGCUACUUUCCUAUAUCUAUGGGAUUCAUCAAGCUCAGUGUAAAAGCAGCACAUGAUGCAAGAAUCGCGCUGAGGACUCACCUGGGGGGAGACUCUAGUGUUUACGAGAUUGUGAUAGGAGGAUGGGGCAACACAAUGUCUGCUAUCAAAAGAAAUAAUACAGAGCCAGAUGUAGCAGAGGCAGAAACACGAUACAUACUUAAUGAGGAGACCCCUUGCAUAUUAUAUAUUCAAUGGUGGUGCGAUGGACUUCUAGAAAUAUUUUGCCACGAGCUGGAUACUCGGCUUAGCUACAAGGACAGCAAUCCAUUUGUUUUGAACUAUAUAGGUUUCAGCACAGCAUGGGGAGCUACAGGAGAAUGGACCCUGGACAAUUACAUCGCUACCCUGCCAGCAAUAAGAAGUCAACUAGCGGAGUCAUCUAGCUACUGGUUAGAUUGCAAUUCGGAAGAUGGACUGCCAAGAAAUGCAGUGUGUGCGUCAGACGACGAUCUAUAUGUGGGCCGAGCAAGGCACAGCAGUUCAGUUACACCAGGGAGCAUUCGAACGAGAGCUUGCUUCGUUACUUGGGGUGGAAGGAUGCACCGUAAAAGGGAAUUUCAAGUUCUUUGCCGGAGAGAUGCACAAUGGGUUAAAUGUUGGCAGGGUGCUGUACCUCUGCACGCAUUGCCCGGGGGCGAAACAGAAGAUGGUUAUGCACUAUUUGUGGGCAGAGUACUAGAUGAUGGAACGUAUUAUGUAGGAAAAGUUGAACCUCAUCGUCAGCAUUGCUUUAUUGCACUAGAUGGGGAAGAGGUGGGUUUCGAACAGUAUGAAGUGCUCGUGAUAAACGAUGAUCCACCCGGAUAUAUAGGCAGAUAACGGGGACCAAAAGUAGCAGGAAUAUAGUGAAUAUUCUCCUGUAUGUGAUUUUUUAAGUUUGGUUCACAAACCACGGAAGAUAGUAACAGUGAUGGUGUUAUGUUUUAGUUACACAAGUUGAUCAGUUAUCAAUUUGUUAAUAACGUAACAACUUUACUAUGAUUCCGAUAGAAUAUUAGAUUUUCUAUUACUAAUGCGUGUUCGGUAAUUCAACUUUGAUUUCACCUAUAAAAGUGAUAAAAUGGCUACUUUGUCGCAAAACGUGUCAAAGUGUGACCAAGUGUGAUACAGAUGUAUUGAUUUCACGAUACCAUGUAAAAAUAAAUGUUAAAUAUAUAUUAUCUGUAUAAAUAUCAUACGUUAUUGAAUAAAACAAUUUAAUUUC